AGCAAUAUUUCUCCACCUUCCAAUGGCAAUGUUUAGGGACUAGGGCUCACACAGCAACAAUGGCGUUUUGGUAUAGAGUGAACAACUCCAAAAUCAAAACCCUAUCAAUUCACCUACAAAGAUGCUAUUUCCAAUGCAAUGUUUCCAAUUCACUCAUUGCCGGUGCUUCACUCAGUAACUCUAACUUAACUAUCCCGAAAAGUCCCUUCGAAUAUACACAAAGUGUUAGGUGUUUCGCUGCACCUGUACAGGCAAAGACGAGGAAAGAAGAGAAGGAUACGAGUGGUCCCAGAUUGAAUCGCGAAAUUACCGCAGAUAUUGUUAGGCUUGUCGUUGAUGAAGGUCAUCGCGUAGUGUCAAUACGUGAAGCUUGGGAACUUGCAAAAAGUCUCAACCUUGAUUUGGUGGAGGUGUCACGAAAUGCCAAACCACCUGUCUGCAAAAUUAUGGAUUACCACAAAGAACAAUAUCAACAACAAUUAAAGGACAGUGCUAAAAAAAGCAAGUCUGAGUUAACUUUGAAGAAGGGAGAUUGUAAAGAAGUCCGAUUUGUCGGUAAAAUUGAAAAGAAAGACUUGCAAAUUAAAGCAGAUACAGUUAAACGAAUGAUGGAGCGUGGCUAUCGAGUGAAGUGUACAGCCAUGUCCAUGGGCAAUGAAGGAGAGGAUUUGGGAGCAGUGCUAUCGCGUUUUUCUCCUCUGAUUGAAGAUGUUGCCUAUAUUGAAAGUGGACCAAGAGUGGAGAAAAAGCAGGCAUAUAUUGUUGUCAGGCAUGUUAAGUUUGGUCCAUCAAAGAAAGGCUCGGGAAAGAAAGCGUCAAAGGAAUACAAGACUGCCAGCUCUGCAGAGGACGCUGAUUCAGUAGCACCUGAAAGUUCUUUAAAACUGAAUCAAAAUUGUGAUGCUGCAGAAUCUAGAGUUGAAAGUGAUGAUGAUAGCUGUCUGGAAGAAAUGACUGAUGAAGAUGACGCCACACUACGUUCUGCAAAUGUUUCUUCAGAUUUUGCACAUGAUUCUUCUCGAGCUGGAGCAGCUGUGCCUUUGUCUGGAGGGCAUAGUAGUUUCAGAAGAGAAUCAGGAAACACGUUGCAGGGUCCGUCAGGGGAAGAAAUUAGGUAUAGAAGAGACCCAAUAAACACACCCAUACAUACCAAAUCAGUUCCUAGUAACACGCCAGGUUCGAGGAGCACAAAGAUAGGGGACACCCUAUCUGAUAUAGGAAGGCAACUACCACAGGAUAGGAGCACCUUAUCACAUACUAGAGACCAUGGAUCUCAGUUCCUGAGGAAGUCUCCUCUUAAUGUGUCUCCUGAGCAACAUCCUUCUCAUUCUAGUGGUCGAAGUUCUCCAUCCUCUGGUUUUGGUAUUUUUAGCUCUCCACAAGCAGAUAGGACUCCAGGCAAUGAGAACAAUGUUGCUACACAAAAUAGGUACAAGAAAAGUGAGCAGUUUAAUUCUGGAAGGAAUUCUAAUGCUUCAGAUCCUAGAAGACCUGAUCUUGGUAGGCGAGAAGGUCAAGGGAAAUACCCGAUCUUUGGUGACAGCUCGAACGUGAAGCCAAACCACAACUCGGAAACUCAACGCUAAGUUGCAGAAAUGAUAUGAUGUGCUUCCAAAUUUAGUUUCUACAUUUUGAGCAGAGCAAAUAAUCUGAUUUACACAUUUUAUAUUGAGGGGAUGCAUCUGAUCUACAGUACAUCUUAGGCCGACUUGCUCUUUUAUCAUGUCAGCCGCAUCCUCAUUUAGUUGAUUUUGAUAGUCCAGAAGUGUCUGGUACAGCAUUCAUUCUUCUGAAUAUUCGGGAUUUCUUAGUGAUAUAUUGAGGUGGGGAGGCAGAGAGUAUGUAGGGGUUGGAAUAAAAAGCUGUGUUUUGUUGUGUCCAAAUAACCACUUAUAGGAGCUGAUUUGAGUACAGUGGACAUCGGGGCCUUAGAACCAGUGCUGCAUGCUACAGUCUCAUCAAUUUGUUUGUACUUCGAUAUGUUAACGUUAUGUGUAAUGUCUAUUGAUAUCUCUAUUAGAUGGAAAUGUAUUUCUUCUUA